ACAAAAAUCCACAAAAUGGCCUGCUUGAGCACUUCCGGUCGCGUUGUGUGCGGUACGCGUCGCCAGCAGACGCACAAGCUGUUCUAUCAGAUCUUUGGCUCCCGGCCAGGAUAUACGACAGGAUCCGGAACUGGAGCGAAUAUGCCAGGACUGCAUAGAACACAGCAGAUGCAAUUUCAGCAGGCGAUACGACCCUUCCACGGAUUAAGCUUCAACAUUGGGAAGGAUUACAGCGAUCUGCUGAAAAAUCCACAAAAUUGCAGCCACAACCUGAACUAUUCCCAGUGCUCCAAGACGAACCUCCGCCAGCACAGUUCGGUGCACACACAACAGCCGGCUGGCCCUGUCCGGGAAAUCCAAAUCGAUCCAUACAUCAUACUCGACGACGAGCUUAAAUACUUCUACGAUGAUGUGAGAGAUCUGCUGCAAUCGGGGACAUCCCAGCCAGAACUGGACACCAUUGCCAGCUAUUACUUCGAUGGCCAGGGCAAGGCACUGCGACCCAUGGUGACAAUGCUGAUGGCCAAGGCGAUAAACUAUCACCUCAACAAAGAGUCACACCAAUUAGUACACAAACAACGACAGAUCGCCCUCUUCUCGGAGAUGGUACACUCGGCCAGCUUAGUGCACGACGAUGUCAUCGAUCAGUCGGACUUCCGACGCGGCAAGCCCAGCGUGAACGCUCUAUGGAAUCAUAAAAAGGUCACAAUGGCUGGUGAUUAUAUCUUAUCGGUGGCCUCGAUUAUGAUAGCCCGUCUGCGCAGCGAUGAUGUGACGAUCGUGCUGAGUCAGAUCUUGACCGAUUUGGUCCAAGGCGAGUUCAUGCAGCUCGGCUCAAGGGAAACGGAGAACGAGCGCUUCGCUCAUUACCUGACCAAGACAUACAGGAAGACCGCGUCGCUGAUUGCCAACGCACUGAAGGCGACCGCCGUGAUUGCCCAGGCCGAAGACAACGUGGCCGAGCUGGCCUUCCAGUAUGGACGCAACAUUGGCCUGGCCUUUCAACUGGUCGACGACAUGCUGGACUUUGUCUCAUCCACCGAGCAGAUGGGCAAGCCUACGGCGGCGGAUCUGAAACUUGGACUGGCCACAGCCCCGGUUCUUUUUGCUUGUGAAAAGUACCCCGAGCUGAAUCCGAUGGUCAUGCGGCGCUUUAGCGAGCCCGGCGAUGUGGAGCGCGCCUUCGAACUGGUCCACAAAUCACACGGCCUGGAGCAGACCCGUUUCCUGGCCAAGAAACACUGCAACGAGGCGAUACGGCUGGCCCAGGAGCUGACGGAGUCACCCUACCAGAAGGGCCUGCAGGUCGUUGCGGAUUUAGUCAUCAAUCGCAUGAAAUAGACCAUAGUCCAUGAACCCUAACUUACAAUAAUAAUACACGUAAUGCAAUAAUAAUAAUAUAAUAAUGUUAUGUAGGCCACACUUGAUGUUUCGGUUAAGUUUUGUCAGCAAGCGAUCGUUUAACGUAAAAUUGUAAACACGAUUUAUUAUUUAGUUUUAAGGCAUUUGUUGUUGACACUGUAAAUAAUUGCAUAAACAAAACCAAUCAACAUGCUAAAAGACGGCAACGUACGCUGUACAUAAAUACGAGAUGUUCAAUGAAUUUUAACCAAAUUUUAUAUGAAAUGUUUUGGGAAACUUUAUUUAUAAAUAGCAAAAAAAAACAAAUAAAAUAAAAAAUGCAUAACCAUGCGAUAGCAGACAACAAUAAGUAAAGAAAAGAAAAUUGUACAAAUACUACUUGAGAGUGGCCUAUGCCAAAAUAAAUAUGAUUGCAAGAAACUAUAUAGGAAGGAGGAGAAAUACUAUAAAGAAACAAUGUUUAUAGUCAAUGCAACAAAGCAACCAGUGUGUAAACGAUAUUUAUAAAAAGAAAUGCAUAAAAAUAUAUGGUUUAUUUUAUUUUAAAUAUUGAUUAGAGUAUUUCAUGCCUAAAUGGUUCAAUGGUCGUCGUUUGCACUCUUCCAAAUCCCUUUCGACAGCACAAAUAUGUAGUUUAAAGUUCUAAAUCUGUAGUUUCUGAAUCUGGAUUCAAUAAAAACAAAUAUUUGAACCAUUCGCGCAUGAAAUGCAAUUAUGAUAUGUUCAUUAGGACGCCAACCAGUGCUGCCCAGUCUUAAUUUUAAAACAAACUUGAAAAGCAAACAACAUCGGAAAUCAAAAAUAUUUUUUUUGGCAAUGCCCAGAAGAAAACCUUUUAAAUUUAAGUUUUUUUAUUUUUAUUUAUAAACACAACCUCAAAUAAGUCAGUCAGAAACACUUGUUUUUUUUACUUUGUUGGUGUAUAUUUUUGAUAAAAUAAUAAAAGAAACUAGAAGGCUCCUAUACAGCCUGCUCUACACUGAGAAAAGGGCAAAAUCAACUAUGAAUAAAAGACCGAAAUCCAGACUAGACAUCAAUUGAAAAGGGUGCUGAAGACGAUUUACCCACAUCUUAUGAAAAGCGAAUGAAAAAGAGUAACGUUAAUGAUGUUGAUAUUGAUAAAUGUAAUUACGAUAUUUGUACACUUAAAGGAAUGAAUAAAAAUUCGAUUUUGUAAAAUAAA